CGAAGCCCGGCGGAGGCGGAUGCAAUUCCCCGGCUGCCCCUGGCUCCUCGGCGGGGCGGCGGGGCCCGGCCCGCAGCGCGCAGGCACCGACAGCGGCUCCAGUCCCGGCCCCGCUACCGGCCCCGGCGCGGAGGCGGGCGGCAGUGCGGCCCCGCUCCGCUCCGCGCUCUCCCCGCCGCGGCCCGGGCCCAGCCGCCGGGGCCCGGCCCAGCACCGCGGGGCCAUGGCCGAGUGGGCGCCCGCCCAGGUGCAGGAAUGGAAUGUGGAGGCCCCCCACCUGAUGCCCCUGCAGCCACCGCUGCUGCCGGAGCGGGCACACGUACGAGAGGCGCAGCUCCACUCUGCCGAGGCCUCCCUCUGGACCGUGGUGGCCACGGUGCAGGCGAUGGAGAGGAAGAUCGACCUCCUCGCCACCCGCCUGCUCAGCCUGGAGGGUCGGUCCGGCACAGCCGAGAAGAAGCUCCUGGACUGCGAGAAGACAGCCAUGGAGUUUGGGAACCAGCUGGAGAGCAAGUGGGCUGUGCUGGGCACCCUCAUCCAGGAGUACGGGCUGCUCCAGCGGCGCCUGGAGAACGUGGAGAACCUCCUCAAGAAUAGGAACUUCUGGGUGCUGCGGCUGCCCCCUGGCCCCCGGGGCGAGGUCCCCAAGGUGCCGGUGACGUUUGUUGACAUUGCUGUCUACUUCUCCGCGGAGGAGUGGAAGAAUUUGGAGGAGUGGCAGAAAGAGCUGUACAAUAACCUGGUGAAGGAGAACUAUGAGUCUUUGAUCUCCCUGGAUGGUGCCCUCUCCAGAAGUGAGGCACAGCCCCGCAGCGAGCGCCCAGAGGGACCUUGCGUCCCUGAGCAGAGGGACCUGGAGCAGAGGGAGCUGCCAACAGAUGCCUGCGCGGAGUCGCUGAUCUCCACCUCCGACAUCCUGUCCCGGAUCAAACAGGAGGUGGCCUUCGUUGGGGAGCAGCAGUUCACAGAGGAGCGGGCCAUGCCGGCAGACCCCUGUGCAGGUGCAGACGCCCUGAUCACUGCCCAUGACUUCUUGUCAUGGAUCAAGCAGGAGGAAGAGCCUUGCGUCCGCGAGCCCUGGGAGCUGCCAGAGAGGGAGAUGCUGACAGGCCCUGGUCCUGCUGGUGAUGGGCUGCUGGUGAAGACAGAGGAGCGGUGCCCCCACGCCGAGCCCCCCGAUGACGUGGGUUUGCCGGGCAGCUCUGGGGAACUGCUCUUCCCCAGCACGGGCUUUGGGAACCCUGAGGGACAGGCAACGGUGACACCAGCUCCAGCAGUGGCUCUGCCAGCACAGCACAGACUGGGCAAAGCUCCGGGCUCAGAGCCGGGGCCGGGAGCCGAGGCAGCGGGUCCCACUGCGACACCGGGACCUGCCGAGGAGCGGCCGCACGGCUGCACCGAGUGUGGGAAGAGCUUCAGCGGGAAGAAGAGCCUGCGGAUCCACCAGCGGAGCCAUGCGGCCGAGCGCCCCUACCCCUGCGCUGAGUGUGGCAAGAGCUUCAACUGCCACUCAGGGCUGGUGCGGCACCAGAUGAUCCACCGCGGCGAGCGGCCCUACAAGUGCACCGAGUGUGGCAAGUGCUACAGCCGCAAGGAGCACCUGCAGAACCACCAGCGCCUGCACACGGGCGAGCGGCCCUUUGCCUGUGCCGCCUGCGGCAAGAGCUUCAUCCGCAAGCAGAACCUGCUCAAGCACCAGCGCAUCCACACCGGAGAACGGCCCUACCAGUGCCCGGCCUGCGGACGCAGCUUCCGCUACAAGGAAUCCCUCAAGGAUCACCAGCGGGUCCAUGGGGCCGAGGCGGGGGCCCCCCCGCUGCCACCCUCUGGCAUCAUGCCCCCUGGGGGGAGGACCCAGGCGCCCUGCACGCCUCCUGUGAGCCAGGCAGGUCCCUCGCACACCGCUCCCCACGCGCACGCCCCACUGUCCGUGGCUGGGCACCCGCCGCGCAGCCAGAGCCCCGCAGGCACAACCAUGUCCUUGGUGGAACGGCGUCCCCGCCCGUCCCUAGCUGUUGGUGAGGAAGAGCCGUCUGUGUCUGGAGGCAGAGCCGCGUGGCCGGCCCCGACGCCGGCCCCGGCCCCGGUUCCCAAAAGGGCUUCUGCUGGGCACGGUGGUCUCUCCCCAGCUCGUGCUCCCGGCCUGCGGCUCAGGGAAGCUGGGCUCAGCUUUGGGCUGCUCGAGGAGAGGGCUGGGGUCCGGACGGGGCUCGGGUGGCGGCGCCUGGUUCUGCCGGGCGCUGGCCCUCUCCUGGCGCAGGUAGCGCAGCUCGUCGCGGAUGUCCGUGAGGACGCCCAGCAGGCGGAAUUGGAGCUCGCGGUCGCGGGCCCUCUCCUCUCGCUGGGUGGCCCGCUCCUCCUGCCACAUGGCCAGCUCCUGGUGGUACAGCUGGUCCCACUGCUCCUCCAGGUCCAGCAGGUGAUGGAUGUUAGUCCUCCAGCUCUCCCGGCGGUCCUCCCGCAGGCGGGAGCACCCCAGGCCACGGGGUGGGCCAGGGGCAGCAGGAGCAUCCCCUGGCGGGGAGGCGGAGGAGGGCAGCGACUCCUCGGUCAAGGCGCCGUGCAGCGGGGAGCGGGCCGGGGGCUCCUCCUCUGCCGCUGCCUUCUCCCAGAACCAUCACGACUGACCUGGGUCCAAGAUGAUUUCGGGCUCCGAGUCGUGGCUGGCCUGCAAGAAGGUAGAAGCCACCAUCUUCUCCAGGGGCGUGAGACGUGGCUUGUGGAGUGGCCCACCAGCACGGUUCAUGGGCAGGUGCUUCUUGGAGGUGAUCUUCUUCUUGACGUCCAGCCGCAGGUCACGCCACUUGUGCUUGAGGUCGUCAAUGGAGCGCUCGGUAUAGCCCAGGAAGUUGACGCGGCUUUGGAUUUGGGUCCAGAGCUGCUUCCGCCGCACCGGACCAGCGUCUCAGUCUCGUCAUUGGAGAAGUUGGCCUUCCUCUUCCGGCCAGACGCUGGCAUCGCCUGCGAGGCUGCGGCAGAGGUGGAAGGGGCACAAUUGAACCUCGGUCCCCACUCCUCUCUGUCAGCUCCUGGGGGGAACAUGGGGCUGCGGGAGCCCGAGGGAGCCGCGGAGGAGGGAGCCGAAGCAAGAGCCCCCGAGGCAUCCAUGGCAGGGGAGGCUUGGGCCAGGGAGGAUCUAAAGAGCCGCUUCGACACACCACGCGGCACAGGGGCACCUCAUCCCCUUGCCCCGGCUCGAGAGCACCUGGGAGGGGAGAAAAGGAAAGGGCAGCGCACCAUGGCAAACUCCUCAACCACCCUCAGCAUCUCCAGGCCGCACGGACAGCCCUCCAUCAGCCACCUCGGGGCCCUGGCUGAAUACCUCAGAACCGCAAUCACCCUCCCCUCAGAGCAGAGGCCUCUCCCCAAUCAGACGCGGGAUGCCCGGAGUGUGGGGGGGGGCAACCGGUACCGGCUGCACCCCCGGGGCAGGGCCGGGCCCUUCGGCGGGUGGCUUUUGUUCGCGCUUCCGCCGGGCACCGGGGACAAAGGGGCCGGGGCCUGCCCUCCGGGGAGGAGGUGCCUCCUGCCCAAACCCUCCCACGUGUCCUCACCCACCCUCCCCGAGGUCCUGGCCAAGGUACCGCCGCAGCGUGGCCAGGCUCCGCCACACCUCCCGCUCCGAGGGGCAGGGCUGCACCGCUGCCAGCUCUCCACCAUCUUCAGCAUCCGCAGUCCCCUCACCCCCGUCCACCAGCUCUCCAUCACGCUCCAACUCCUUGUCCGUCAGCGUGCGGCGCUCCAGCUGCUCCUGGCUGAGCAAGCCACGCGCUGGGGCCUCGGUACUGGCGUCGGGGAAGAAGCUGGCAGCACGGAAGCAGCUGGCAAUGAGCCCAGGGUGCACGUCACCCCACGCCUGCGCCAGCAUGUGCAGAACAUCCAGGAGGUUCGGCUGCCCCACACCACGCUCUGCCGGCAGCCACCUAAGCAGUCGGCGCCGGUAGUGGCCCUUGAGGUCACUGGUGAUGCCGCGGUCGAGGGGCUGGACCAGGGUGGCAGCUGGUGGGACAAAGACAAUUCUGACAUUAGAAAGCUGAAGGUAGGGGUGAGCCUCGUGCUUGUUGAGGAGGAGAAGGAUGUUCUUCCCUUGCCGCCGCAUCCCCUCAUUGAACUCCCGCAGCCACUCAGCGAAGAGGGGAGCGGUCAUAGUGGCCAGGCUGCUGGCACGUGGCUUUUUGAAGGUGAGGCUGUGGCGCAUCCCAAAGCGAGCCAGUCUGCCACUGCUGGGCUCCGGGUCGGGCUGGCCCAGUGUCUCGGAAAGGUGUUUGGCCUUGAGCUGGAGGAGCGGGCGACUGACAGGCAGAUCUGGGGCUGUGACACCCCAAAGCGCUUGGCCAGCUCAUUCUGUGACACCUUGGGGCCCUCCAGCAUCUCCAGCACCCGUACCUUCUCUGUCAGUGACAACUCCUUCCGCUCCUUCCGGGGUGCUGCCGUUGUCCCCUCUGCCGUCCCCGAGGAGCGGCUGGCACAGGGGGCUGGGCGGCAGGGGCCGCUUGUGGUCCCCAGCACCACCACCUCGCCUCGGCCGCACUCAGCACACUCGAGCAGCGGCUCCCCUGGCUGGCACCGGCGGCUCUCGAAGGCAGGGGAGGAGGGCCGGACGGUGGUGCUACCGGUGAUGCCGCUGCACGGCGGCUGGUCACAACUGGCCUGCGCUGGCGUCCCCGCGCCACAGAAAUCCCGCGGCCGGUGCUGCCGCCACCGUGCCGCGGGCCCCGCUCCCGGCCAGGCCAUGACCUGCAGCGCCAGGGCUGGCGGCGGACAGGACCCGCGAGCCUCACCCAAGGCGACGGGGCGCUCGGGGUCCUCCUUCAUGGCACCGGCACCGUCCCGGUCGGUCCCUGGGGAGACACGGCAGCUGCUCCCCGUGCUGCUCCUGGCAGGGCCUCACCUGCGGGGGGGACAACAGCGAUUGAAAGAUUCGCUGCACCGGGAUGACGGCGCAGGGACGGCCGGCACGGGCACGGGGAGUCGGCGGCGCCCGCAGGGCCGACCAGGGAGGGGAUGGGAGCGCGGCCAGCGAGCCUCGUGGGCCGCAGGACCACCGCCGGUGCUGUACCUGGGCCAGGCCGCGUCCCGCCCGGUGUCACUGCGGCGCCACCUGCCGCCGGCACCGCCGCCACUCCCAGUGUUCACUGCGCUCUCGGCAUGGCUGCUGAGUCCCGUCUCUGUUGAGGAGGCGCCGGGCCCGCGCAGCCGUCUGCUCCGCUCCGCCCCGUCCCGCUCCGCCCCGUUCCGCCGCUGCCGCCCGCCGCCCUUCGCCGCCCUCCGCAGGGCCAUGGCCGAGUGGGCCCCCGCUCAGGACCUGGAGUGGGACAUGGAGUCCCAGGAGCUGGCCCUGGAGCAGCCGCUGCCCGUUCCGGAGCAGGGCCCUGCUGCCGAGACCGAGCUGCCGGCCGCUGAGAUCUCCCUAACGCUGGUCGCUGAGAUCCAGGCCGUGGACAGGAAGGUGGAUGCCCAGGCAGCCCAGCUGAUGAACCUGGAGGGGAGGAUGAGGAUGGCAGAAACCAAGCUGAUUGGUUGCGAGAAGACGGCAGUGGAGUUUGGGAACCAGCUGGAGAGCAAGUGGACAGCCUUGGGCACCCUCAUCCAGGAGUAUGGGCAGCUGCAGAAGAGGCUAGAGAAUAUGGAGAACUUGCUGAAGAACAGGAACUUCUGGAUCUUGCGGCUGCCCCCAGGGGCGAAGGGGGAGGUCCCCAAGGUCCCUGUGUCAUUCAACGAUGCUUCCUUUAACUUUUCUGAGGAGGAGUGGAAGAGCUUGAAUGAGUGGCAGAAGGAGCUUUACAGGCAUAUCAUGAAAGGCAACUACGAGGCCGUCAUCUCAAUGGAUGCGGCCAUUUCGAAGCCAGACCUUCUGUCACGGAUUGAGCAAGGAGAGGAUCCCAACGCGGAGGAUCCGGAGGACUCUGAGGGAGGAGAAACCCCUACAGACCCCAGCACUGAGUUUUCCUUUCCUGGUCCUGAUGAUUGCUCGUGGAGUAAAUAUGAAGAGGCUCUGGCUGAAAGCCACGAUGGCUCUGAAGAAGAAGAAGAAGAAGAAGGCAUGGAAGUUCCUUGUACAUAUGAACAGCAGUGUGAUGAGGAAGGUUCCGAAAUCCUUGAGCUUCCUAGCUCCUUGGCAGGAAAGUGGGAAGAGGUUUUCUCAAGCCCAGAGGAGGAGAUAAAGCCAAGCAGCAAGAGCCGGAGCGGAUCAACCUCGCAGCAGAGAACAGGCAACGGGCUGAGGCGCUCCUCUCGCCGCGGGAGAGACUUGGCCAAGAAGGAUGCUCCUGAGGAUGUGGCUUCAGUAGAGGGGCCAUACAUCUGCUGUGAGUGUGGGGAGAGCUUCCUGGACAAGGAGCUGUUUGCCACCCAUCAGAAAGCGCACGCCAGCGAGGAAGCCUGCACUUCCCUGGAGCACGGAGAAGGCUUGAGGCAGAAACCCAAAACAAAAGGCCAGGGGUCUUCCCGCUCCAAACAGUCCAAACGCUCUGAUGGGGAAAAGAGCUCUGGUUUCAAGUACGGCUUUGUCAGGCACCAGGUGAACAACAUGGUGGAGAGACCCUACACCUGCUCCCAGUGCAAGGAGAGCUUCAGCCUGGAAGUGAGCCUGAUCUUGCACCAGAAGCUCCACACAGGGAAGGGUGACGGGCCGCUGACAUGCACCUACUGCGGGAAGGACUUCCGCGACCUCUCCAAAGCCAUCCGCCACCAGCGCAUCCACACAGGGGAGAGGCCAUACCAGUGCACUGAGUGCGGGAAGAGCUUCAUCCGGCGGGACCACCUGCUCAAGCACUGGCGGGUGCACACCGGGGAGACCCCCUACCAGUGCCCUGUCUGUGGGAAGCACUUCCGCUACAAAGAGUCUCUGAAUUGCCACCAGAAAAUCCACUCCCGCACCCCCCGACCCAUGGAGGAUUCGCAGCUCAGGCUGGAGUCAGGCACUCAGACCAGCCUCUUGUGUGUGAAAAAAGAAACUAAGCAGUACCGCGGCCGGCGCGGAGAACCCACAGACCCGAUCCCGGGGCACCCCCCACGUCCCCUUGGCCCCUUCCCCGCGUCGCGGAGUCGAUGGCUGGGCCGGGCCGGCCGGGCCAGUGCGCGGCCCCCGGCGCGGCCCGCGCGCGACGGCGGCGGCCUGCCCGCCCCCUGCCGGCUCGGCGGGGCAGCGGCGGGGCCGGAGCGCCCAGCGCGGAGCGGCGGAGCCGGGACGCGGAGCCGCUGCUCGGUCUCACGUCGCCGCCCCUUCGCCCCCCCCCGACCUUCGCCCCCGCCUUCCCCGGUCGGGUCGGGCCGGGCCGCGCCCCGCCCCCGCCGCGCCGCCCCGCCGCGCCCCCGCCCCGCCACCGCCCCACCGCGCCGCGCCGCCCCGGGCCCAGCCCGAUGCCCGGCGGCGGGCGGAGGUGAAGGAGCUGAGCGGCUGCUGGAACCUCCCGGCCGCGGCCCCCGGGGCCCCGGGCAGGGAACAAAGGGCCAUGGCCGAGGGGGCUCCCGCUCAGUGUCACCACCCGGCCCUGCGGUGUCGGGGCGCUCUCUCCUCUCCCUGUGGCUGGUGCUGCCCAUCCUUUGGGACCGACGUAAGCAGCUUAUCAGGGCGCCGGAGCCGGUGCAGCAGCCGUGCUAUUCCUCACCCUUCCGGCCGGUGUCUGGGCAUGAACGCACCUCGGAGCAGGAGACGCAAACAGCUGAGGUGUCCUUGAUGGUGGUGGCGGCGGUGCAGGCGGUGGAGAGGAAGGUGGACUCCCAUUCCACCCGCCUACUUGACCUGGAGGGUCGGACGGGGAUGGCAGAGAAGAAACUGAUUGACUGUGAGAAGACGGCAGCAGAACUGGGGAACCAGCUGGAGAGCAAGUGUGCGGCACUGGGCACCCUCAUCCAGGAGUACGGGCUGCUCCAGCGGCGCCUGGAGAACAUGGAGAACCUCCUGAAGAACAGGAAUUUCUGGAUCCUGCGGCUGCCCCCAGGCAGAAAGGGGGAAGUCCCCAAGGUGCCAGUGACAUUUGACGACGUGUCUGUCUAUUUCAACAACAAGGAAUGGGAGAAGCUGGAGGAGUGGCAGAAGGAGCUGUACAAGAAUGUGAUGAAAGGGAACUAUGAGUCGCUGAUCUCCCUGGACUAUGCAAUUUCCAAACCCGGUGUCUUGUCUCAGAUUGAGCAAGGAGAGGAAUCGCGGGUCAGGAAUGAGCCAGACUUGGAGGAGAGUGAGAUCAUUACUGAUGCCACUGCAGCUGGCAUAAGGGUUGUGAUCAAAACGGAGGAGCUCCUUCCUGAAGACAGCCCUGAAAACCCUGAGCUGCAUGGGAUGUCGGGGCAGUCAGAGGGGAGCUUCCAGAGUCCAGAUGAGGAGGCAGCCUGUGAGAGUCCCUAUGGCUCCGUCUCACCUCCGAGGGACCUCCCGGGAACCAGCCUGGGUGACUCGUCUGAAUACGUAUCUGACUUCAAUGAGAUCCAGAGAGUCAUCGUUCACCAUGGGAGCUGCGCAGAGGACGGGAUCGUGAUCAAGACGGAGGAAGAAGAGGAGGAGGAGGAGGACCCCGACACUCUGGAGCCAUGUGACAUGUUCUCAGGCAGGAGUGAUCCGCCGGCAUUCCCCAGCCACGAGGCUGGGCUGGGCUGUGAGGCACAGUGCAGUUCCAAAACACAGCCCAGGAGCCUGGUGGCCACCCGCGUGAGGAAACCGCCAACGUGCGAGAGGGACUCUGGAGACAUGAAGCCAGCUGUCGCCCAGCAGCGGAACCGGACAAGGGAGAGACCCUACAUUUGCCCCGAGUGUGGGAAGAGUUUCAUGCUCAAGAUCAACUUCAUGAUCCACCAGCGCAACCACCUCAAGGAAGGCUCCUAUGAGUGCCACGAGUGCGACCUCAGCUUCCGCAACAAACAGCAGUUCCUGCUGCACCAGCGCAGCCACACGCGCCGGGGUGUGGAGGUCCCCCGGCGCCCUGAGCACGGUCUCAAGCCUCAGCCACGGGCCCCACCUCCAGGGAAGCCCUACAAGUGCUCUGAGUGCGAGAGCAGCUUCAGCCACAAGUCGAGCCUCAGCAAACACCAGAUCACCCAUGUCGGGGAGCGGCCUUUCACCUGUGGCGAGUGCCGGCGGAGCUUCCGCUUGCAGAUUAGCCUCAUCAUGCACCAGAGGAUCCAUGCCGGCAAGAAUGAGAUGGCCUUCCUCUGUCCCCAGUGCGGGAAGAAUUUCACCCGGCCCUCCCACCUCCUGCGGCACCAGCGGACUCACACCGGCGAGCGGCCCUACCAGUGCAGCCAGUGCGAGAAGACCUUCAGCGAGAAGUCCAAGCUCACCAACCAUUACCGCAUCCACACCCGGGAGCGCCCACACGCCUGUGCCGUCUGCGGGAAGGGCUUCAUCCGCAAGCACCACCUCCUGGAGCACCAACGCAUCCACACGGGCGAGCGGCCCUACCACUGCACCGAGUGCGGCAAGAACUUCACCCAGAAGCAUCACCUCCUGGAGCACCAGCGGGCGCACACCGGCGAGCGGCCCUACCCCUGCACCGAGUGCACCAAGUGCUUCCGCUACAAGCAGUCUCUCAAAUACCACCUGAGGACGCACAUGGGAGAGUGAGGGGCUGCUGACGGCUUCCUCUCCCUCCCUUUCUUCCCUCCCUGCCUACUUCCCUCCCUCCAGCCUUCCCCUUCCUUCUCCAUUCAUCUCUCCCUCCUUCCCUCCAUCUCCCUUCCCCCAGCUCAGGGCAUGGACAUCAAGGAAGCUUUGUGUGGUAGCGCCGCUGCUCUGGUGGAGACGGCUAGGCUGAUUGGAAAUAAAUUAAUUAAUUAAAGCAA